AGCUCGUACUACGCGCAGAUCUCGAUCGGCACGCCGGCACAGAACUUCGUGACCAUCCUCGACACGGGCUCGUCGGACCUCUGGGUCGUCGACACGUCGUGCACGAGCUCGCAGUGCUCGGGCUCUGCCCUCUUCAACCCGCCGUCGAGCUCGUCGUACCGCGGCAGCAGCACGGCCUUCCAGAUCCAGUACGGCAUCGGCGCCGUGCGCGGCACGCUGGCCGCCGACACAGUGUCGCUGGCGGGCUACACGGUGCAGAGCCAGACGUUUGCCAUCAUCGACGAGCUGGCACAGGGCACGCUGCGGGCGCCGGCGUCGGCGCUGAUGGGCAUGGGCUUUCAGCAGCUGGCCAGCUCGGGCGCCACGCCCUUCUGGCAGGUGCUGGCACAGAGCAACCAGCUGCAGCAGCCGCUGUUCACCUUCCAGCUGGCGCGCAACAACCAGAACCCCACGGUGCUCAAUGCUCAGACGCUGGCCGACCAGCUGCAGCCCGGCGGUGUCUUCACGCUCGGCGAGCUCGACUCGAACCAGUACGAGGGCGACAUCACGUACACGUCGCUCACGUCGCGCGCCUACUGGACCAUUCCCAUGGACUCGCUCAACGUCAAUGGCCGCACCACGUCGCUGAGCUCCAGCGAGAACGUCGCCGCCAUCGACACGGGCACCACGCUCGUGGCCGGCCCGCCGAGCGUCGUGCGCUCCAUCUACGAGCAGAUUCCCGGCUCCGUCACGGCGCCCAUGGGCGGCGACGACUCGAGCAUCUACUACGCCUUCCCCUGCAGCACCACGGUGCAGGUGAGCCUGACGUUCUCGGGCAAGGCCUGGUCCAUCAACUCGGCCGACUUCAACUACGGCCUCUACGGCCGCCAGGGCAACACCAACUACUGUCUCGGCGCGUUCUUCGGCACCGACAUUGGCCAGGGCGCGCCCGACUGGAUCGUCGGCGAUGCGUUCCUCAAGAACGUCUUUAGCAUCUACGACUCGAACCCGGCACGCGUCGGCUUCGCGUCGCUGCGCGGCAACACGGCACAGACGCUGGCCACGACGACGGGCGCCAUCCGGCAGGCCACCGCCACGGCGGCGCCGGCGUCGUCGGGCGCCUCGUCGUCCUCGGUGGCGCCGGCCAUUCUGCCGAGCAACAGCGCCGACAACACGGCCUCGGGCAACGUUGGCGGCUCGGGCCUGCCGGCACCCACGCCCGGCACGACGAUCGUCACCCAGACGGCCUCGCUCAUGGCCGGGCCCUCGCAGAGCGGCAGCUCGAGCAGCGGCAGCGGUAGUGGCCGCAAUGCCGGUGCGCGCUCCGCAGGCGCCACGCUCUCGUCGCUGGGCCUCGUUGCCUCGUCUCUCUUCCUCGGCGCCCUCGCCGUGCUCCUCUAG